AUGCAGCUGGACAGCGAAGAACGUCCCCUGCACGGCAUCCCAUACCGAUUCAUGUGGGACGAUACCACCGGCAUCCUCAAGAUCCUUAUUCACGGGCACGAUGUCAUGACGAUCAACAUCACGCGCGCCAUCGGCCUUUUCUGCAGCCGCAGGGGAAUGGACCCUACCACAGAAUUCGCCUGGGGCAGAACCACCACCCGGCUUCUCUGCGCAGGACGCAAAGGCAAACAGCCGGAUGGAUGUCUCUUCCCAAGCCCCGGAUGCAACGAGAGAGCGAGGCUUGGCCCACCCUGGUCAUCGAAGCAGGCGCCACGGCAUCACUUCCCCGGCUCCGCGAAGAGGCAAGAUGGUGGCUGCGCAACUCGCAAAAAGAAGUCCGGACAGCAACAGCAACAUCAACAUCAGCUAUCCCAUCAGCCUGAAGCUUCUCUGCAGGCGUACGCUGCUCAGACUGUUGAGAUCAGUCCCGAGUCUGUUUUUGGGGCUCCUCUCGUUCUUCCUCUUGAGGAGCUACUCGACCGACCCCGGCAGGGCAGGGAGGCUGAUAUCAUCCUGGCGGAGGAACAGCUUCGCGUCUGCAUGCGCUGGGUGUGGCAAUUCAUGGAUUGA